AACUGAACCAGAAAAUGAUGACCAAAAAUCAGUCCUGAUCCAGGAAAAAAGAAGAGCAUUUUUGGCCACAUACAUCCUUUACUAUCACUGGAUAUUUACAACAUGCUUCAGUGGAGGAGAAGACACUGCUGCUUUGCAAAAAUGACGUGGAAUGCUAAAAGGUCUCUGUUCCGGACCCACCUUAUGGGUAUACUUUCUCUAGUGUUUCUUUUUGCUAUGUUUUUAUUUUUCAAUCAUCAUGACUGGCUACCAGGUAGACCUGGAUUCAAAGAAAAUCCUGUGACAUACACUUUCCGAGGAUUUCGUUCUACAAAAAGUGAGACAAAUCACAGCUCCCUUCGAAACAUUUGGAAAGAAACAGUUCCUCAGACUUUGAGGCCUCAGAUAGCAACUAACUCCAAUAACACAGACCUAUCGUCACAAGGAGUUACAGGACUGGAGAACACACUCAGUGCCAAUGGAAGUAUUUACAAUGAAAAAGGUACUGGACAUCCAAACUCUUACCAUUUCAAAUAUAUUAUAAAUGAGCCUGAAAAAUGCCAAGAGAAAAGUCCAUUUUUAAUACUAUUAAUAGCUGCAGAACCUGGACAAAUAGAAGCAAGAAGAGCUAUCCGGCAAACUUGGGGCAAUGAAACUCUAGCACCUGGCAUCCAAAUCACACGGAUUUUUUUGUUGGGCAUAAGUAUUAAGCUAAACGGCUAUCUUCAACAUGCAAUUCUAGAAGAAAGCAGACAAUAUCAUGAUAUAAUUCAACAGGAAUAUUUAGACACAUACUAUAAUCUGACCAUUAAAACACUAAUGGGUAUGAACUGGGUUGCAACAUACUGUCCACAUAUUCCAUAUGUUAUGAAAACAGACAGUGACAUGUUUGUCAAUACUGAAUAUUUAAUACACAAGUUACUAAAGCCAGACCUGCCUCCUAGGCACAACUAUUUUACUGGGUAUCUAAUGAGAGGAUAUGCACCUAACAGAAACAAAGACAGCAAGUGGUACAUGCCACCAGACCUUUACCCAAGUGAGCGCUACCCUGUCUUCUGCUCAGGAACUGGUUAUGUUUUUUCUGGGGAUCUGGCAGAAAAGAUAUUUAAGGUUUCUUUAGGUAUCCGUCGUUUGCACUUGGAAGAUGUGUAUGUAGGGAUCUGUCUUGCCAAGUUGAGAAUUGAUCCUGUGCCCCCUCCCAAUGAAUUUGUGUUCAAUCACUGGCGAGUUUCUUAUUCAAGCUGUAAAUACAGCCACCUAAUUACCUCUCAUCAGUUCCAGCCUAGUGAACUGAUAAAAUACUGGAACCAUUUACAACAAAAUAAGCACAAUGCCUGUGCCAACGCAGCAAAGGAAAAGGCAGGCAGGUAUCGGCACCGCAAAUUACACUAAAAGACUAUUUUUGUUCAAAUGUGCAAUCUGUAAAUAUUGUUUAAAGCAUGUAUAGUUAAAAUUUUGAUUAUAUACAUAGGACAAGUUUUAGUUCAAUUCAUCACAUAAAGGAAUUUGAAACUAUUUUUUUAAUUUCUGAAUAAGAUAAUUCAUAAAAUUACAAAUUAUGACAAAAGGUAUCCCAAAAGAGUCUAUUUAAAUAAUUGUGUAAGGGGAUUCUCUGUAUUAACAUGCAAUAAUAAGCAUGCAUACAUAAAUGGUUUGAGUCUUAACAUUAGGGACCAAUACAAUGUAUCCACAUACAUUUUCUACAUAAAUCUGAUUUAAGAAAUGAAGGCAGUCAAAAGACCCCAGAUUUACUCUUCUUUUCACCAUAUAAUUAAAUGUAAAUAAAACAGUACUAUUGAUUUUAAGAGAACUUUGUAAUUGUGGGAAGAACACAUUUUCUGACCUAACUCUAGAGUUCUAAAACUUUAUACUACAUGCAAUAAGAUUUAGUUAAAUUAUUCCAUAAACUUAUAACAUUCAGGUGUUUGAGCAAUGCAAUUCUCAUUCAAGAACUUACUUUUUAAAAUAAUUGAUAAUUAUUUUAAUUUCUUUUAUUAAUACUCAUCUACACUUGGGAAAUUAUUUUGACAUGAUGUGAUGUAAAAACUUAAUGUGUCUCAGGCUCAAGAUUUUAUAAAAGGAACUAUUAAAGGUAUCAAAAUAGAUCAAUUUUGUUUCUUCAUUGGUAUUAAGAACCAAGCCAAUAUUUCACUGAAUUUGCAUUUAGAAAAAGUAUUAUACUCUCAGAGAGUGUGACUAUUUAACCUCAACUAUACCUGACUUCAAAUAUGUCUGUAAAACAGAAUCAUGUUCCUCUAACUAAAGCAAAAUUAGUAACAUAAAAGCACAAUGAUGAUGUGUUGCUGAAACAAAGAAAAAAGAAAUACAGGUAGUAAUUUCAUUCAAUGUAUUUUUAAGAUACAUGUCUGCCAAAUAGCAACAUAUGGGAAAAGUUUAUUUCCUGAGAGCAGGUGUACAUAAGCCAAUACUUAAUCAUUUAUGGUACUUACUUUUUUCUUUCAAUGCCAAGUUUACAGGCCUACAGUUUUUAAUUUUGUAGAUGACAAAUAUUCUGCACCACCAAUUAAAAAACAUUUAGGGAGGGAUGGGGAGGAGAGCAAUAAAUGUUUGAUAACCGUUUGCUUUUUAAAUGGACAAUAUACUGAAUGUACUUUUACCAAAGUACUAUUAAUAAACAACAAACCCCUGAACUGAAUGCUAUACAAAUAUUCUCAUAUUCUAUUUGGCCCUAAUCAUGAAUUUUAACAUCAAUAAAUAUAAGCCCACUAACUUUAAAAGUGUUUUUAUUCUAGGUAAACUAAUCAAUUUUAAUUAAGUCAGAAUGUCUCCUUACCAGAAUUCUAAUAAUCAUUUUUAUCACUGAUUCUAUUAUGAAAGGAUAAACUGCCAGAAGCACAAAAGGCUUUAUGUCAGUAAUAAACUGAGUUCUACUUAUAUUAAAUCUAUCCCCCAUUUUUUAAAAUCAGAAGCCUAAGAAUCUAUUCCACAUCAAAUGAUUCUGAAUGAUCAGCUAUUAAACAUCCACCAGUUUUUGUCUAAUGAUUAUUUUCACUUAAGUUAUGUAAUUAUAUGACCAGGAUUGCUACAAAAAGAAAAAAGAAAAAUUACAUGCGCAAGAGGAUAACCCCAAACCACUUCAGUAAUGAAAGACAGGGACCCUGUCAGUGUCGACUAAUUCCCUCUGAUUUACAAAGAAAAGGAGGAGCAUGUAUGUUUGUGAGCAUUCAAGCACAGGUAUGUAAACAAAACAGAACCCUCAAGUGAUAUUUUUAAACUAUAAUAGUAUAUAAUAGAUUGUUGGGUUUAAAAACCAACUUAUGAAGAACAGAAUUCUUAAAAAUACUUCAGUGAAAUUUAUUCUGAGGCAUAAAUUUGAAAUUUUUUCUAUUAUUACUCAUGAAAAAUACUGAUAAUCUGAUGAGGUUCUGAGUCCCAGAGGGGACUAAGCCAUCAAGUUCUUAAUGUCUGUGUGUUUGUCUUUAGGGUAGCAACUACGUACAUAGCCUCAGCACCUGGAAAAUGAUGUUAAGAGGAAUUAGAGUUUCAAGGCAAAUUUAGGUUAAACCACAAACUCCUAACUAAGAAAACAACCAAACCUUACUUUACAAUAAAAAUUCUACUAUUAAUUUAUUUCACAUUUCAUUUUCAACAAUAUAAAUGUUAACUUUAUAAGCUAUUUAAAUGUCUCACCAGUAGUUAGCUGUAUCUUCUUUACCUCAGUACUAUAUAAGAAAGAAA